AUGGACCCGCUGGGACCCAGGCCACCCCCCCUCCGGCUCGGCACCCCUCCUCUGACCCCCGCCCUCGCACCCCCAGCCCCGGAAGACGCAGGAGCGCCCCCGCGCGCCCGCCACAGGCGCCCAGAAAGUGCCCAAGUUGUUGACGCAAAAGAUGCUGCUUAUUUGCAUGGCUAUUUCCAUAGAUUUGCAUGGCCUUUGACUGUCACCGUUUGCAGAGCUCUUCCCGGCCCCGUGGGCGGCGGCUCUGUUCCCCUGCGGGACCCGCACCGGCUGCGGCCCCCUCCCCCGCGCCCCGGAACCCGCGGCGCUGGCACAUCCUGGGCGGGGGCCGCCGGGCUCGGGAAGGGAAGGGGUUUUCCUGCCGCCUGA